AACUACGCAGUAACUAGUCCACCAAACUCCUUCCCCUCCAAUGAAGCGAGAAUAUCUUCCUAUCAGUGCGCUCGCGGCAUGGACUAGACUUAAUUGUGUCGAAUUCCACGACGUCGAGGUGACACAGCUACCGGCCAAGGAUGGGGUUGACAAAGGAUGCGGGAUAGUUGCGACAGCAAAGAAAUCAGCCGGGGAGCUCGAUCCCGAAGCCGAAAUUGAGCCGCAAGUCCUCAUGACUAUUCCAUCUGACCUUUUACUUUCACUAGAGUUAGUGGAAACAUGCGCAAAAACAGAUAGGCAUUUGAAGGAGGUACUGGAUUCUAUGAGGGAUUAUGCAAUGACAGCUCGAGGUGCCAUAUUGCUUUUCCUCCUGGUCCACAUUUUGUACUCGGAUCCGGAUUUAUCGUCAAAGGAGCACAUUAAGGUAUCCAAUGCUUGGACAGAAUACAUAAAAUUUCUCCCGGCCUCGUAUUCCCUGCCCACCUUAUACACCAUUGAGGAGCGCGAACUUCUACGUGGCACUUCGCUGGAAUUAGCUCUAGAUUCGAAGAUUCUUUCGUUGGAGAAAGAGUUUGACCAGUUACGUGAGGCCACUACGGAUAUCUCGUUCUGUGACCGUGAUUGGUGGAACGAAGAUACUGGCCGGCUUACCUUCGAGGAUUGGAAGUUAGUCGAUGCCAUGUAUAGAUCGCGAGCUCUUGAAUUUCCAGGCAAGGGACAUUCCAUGGUCCCGUGUAUUGAUAUGGUAAAUCACGCCUCCGGUGGUCGGCCCAGCGCCUUGUAUGAGACUGAUGAAAACGGAAACGCUGUUUUGCAACUGCGCCGCGGUCAAGGAUUAGAGGUGGGCGACGAAAUAACUAUCACAUAUGGUGACGAAAAGGGUGCUUCCGAGAUGGUAUUCUCGUACGGAUUUCUCGAUAGUAGCUCGACGAAUGCACGUCAGCUAUUCCUUGACCUUGACAUUCCCGCUGAUGACCCAUUGCGGCCUGCAAAAAUAGCAGUCUGCAAUACGACACCAGGCUUUCGCCUCUUUAUCGCGCCUGGCUCUGACGUGACUGAUUGGGAAAGCUCAUUUGUCUGGUGGUGUUGCGUUAACGAAGAAGAUGGCCUGGAAUUCCGUGUAGUUCAAUCAAACCAAGGAGAGCGAGAGCUCAAGGUUUCGUGGAAAGGAACUAACGUUACUUCUUCGGAAUCGCUGCUUGACCAGCUCAAAGCGGACCGGAUGUGGGGAGUCUUUCAGCUCCGGGCAGUUGUCAUCUUGCAGGACCGGAUGCAAGGUCAGCUGGCCCAACUGCGUUCGAACGACGAGUAUGUGCAGCGAUGGCUUGAAUAUGUUGACGGAAGGGUGAUUCGCCAGUCCGUAUGGCAGACAGCCCUUAAGCUUCGAACAUUGGAGGGAGAACUCCUAGAAGCCGGGCUUCGUGAUAUAGAAGCAAAGAAAUUACAACUAUUGGAUACAGAAGCCGUGAGGUCUUAUUUGAUAACACAAAAUCCUGGCGCGGACAUUGCCGAGGAUUUCUCCUGA